AUGGAUGUGAACUGCGUUUACGGUGUUGUCGACGCACUCCCUGUACCGAUUGCGGUUUCCACAAGGGAAGACGGACCCUCGCCUCGUCUCACUGGCAAGGAAGGGCUUGCAGUCUUUUUAAGUUCCGAUGCGUGGCGCUCACGGUCUCGCGAUGCUUCGACGACGGCGCACGGUGUCGAAGAGGCAGAAUCCGCCACAACGCUGGAAUUCGCCACUGCGUUUGACCCAAGCGAUCUCGACGCUGGCGACGAUCAAGGCACGGUCACCUCGCGGCGCGUAAACUUACCAGUCGCCAACACUAUUUUCGUCAAUGGCCAACGGACUACAUUAUUCAAAGACGGCUGGGAAAUCAAGUUUCGCGAAACCGACGAGCCCACCGUCAACUUUCGCUAUCGAAAACCACUUUCCUCGUACCAUAUAGACCUGGGCUGUCACCCGGAUGAGAUUGUGAAGGGAGGAUCUAGUCCGCUCCAGCAGUUGACCGAACCUAGAAAGGUGGUUGGGUCCAUGGGCAACGUCCUGGCCCAGAUUGAAGUCGGCACUGAGGCCAUCCCUGCCUCACGAGAGCUAGAAAAGGCUGUUCAGACAUUCAUCGAUCGCAAUCCUACGAGUACUGCUCAGGGCCCACUGCUCGUCUAUGCUCUUAUACGCCCAGAAAGCAUGAUGAUCGGCAGGGAUGGCCAGCCACACUCUCCCUUAAGCGUUUUGGAGGCUCUGUGGCGAGGAGCAAAGCUGUUCAAAGUAUCAGGCGGUGGAGGAGGCUGGGGCAAGCGGCAAGGCCUGCUUUCUCUGGAAGCUGCGGUGAACUUCGAAGGCCCAGAUGCUCAGUCGACAGCUGGAUUCCCCGACCUUGACGACGAUGAGACUGGCGUGGAAGCACUGGGAUCGCGUGGUAUAAUACCUCCAUCGAGCACGGUGGAGUUCCUUGUGCAUGCUCCGAGCCCAGCCUCUGCAGAUUCUCAAGCCCAGCAGUACUCAUCUUCGCUGCCUGAGACGAAAGCCUCUACAGUGGUGCUCGGGACGGGCAGAGACCCUGACACUCGAGAUGAUGUGGUGAUGGAUAGCGACAAGGACGCUACAGGGGUAUACUUUGUGCCUCACCAUUUCGGAAUGAUCUCCUACGGCGGUGCGGCUUUAACCAGCAUCAGUAAGGUCCCUUUCUCGCAGCUAGCGCCAAUCAAGCGUACGGAGACACGUCUUGAUGUGCCAAAUACAUGUUUUAUCCUUGGUGGCGGGAGCGAUCUGGACUCUGAAGAGUAG